UUUUUUUUUUUUUCCUACCUUAGUCCUGAAAAUGAAACUGGAACAGACAUUUCUGGAAAUGAACUUGAUUGGUGCAGUUUGGAAGAUAUGAUUCACAGUUAUAAUGAACAGUAAAUUUUGUCCCAUUUUUUCUCAGUUCAGGAUUUGAAUUGUGUCUUUCCUGAUUUUUAACCUGUUUACACAGUUAGGGUGGGUACACUUUUAAUCCUUCAAAUAAGGCAUCCAUAGUGUUGGAUUGCUAAGAGGUACCCCAGGUACAUCCGGGAUGUAGAAGCUUCUGUUAUUUUAGAAGUAUCUGAUGCUUUACCUUGUAAAUUAAAAGGUUUAAUCGUGCGCUAUUUUCUUCUUAUAAUCCCACUCUGUGCUUGGAAGAAGCAAAGCUGUUAUCAGUGAAAUCUGGAGUUCGUGGAGAUCGAGUAUUUCCAGGAUUGGCCAAAAAUAAAUUAUGGGGUAAAGAAUGUUGCUUUUUUUUCUCCUAGUCAUGCAGCACAGAUGAAAAGCUCUGAAGCUUUUAGUCAUAACACUCUGGUCCCAUGUUUUCCUUUUAAUAAAGCAUCCAGUGGGAGAAUGUGACAUAAUUGGUUUCUUGGAUUUAGAGAUCUUGAAAUGGCUGGUACAAGAGAGGAGAGGAAACUCCAGCAGGGUUAUGGUUUAAAUACUGUAAUAUGGUAGCAAAGUCGUAUUGUUCCUACAUGGUAAUCUUGCAUUUCUCUUGCAAGAAAAUGCUCUCUAUGCGCUUGUGCUGCAGAACAAGCACUUUAAGUCUCAUCAGUUGCACAGAAUAUUAAAUGUCUCUCUCCUUUCCUUGCAUUGCAUAAUCUGAGUGUUAUUCUUCCACAGCAGCAGAAAUGAUGGAAGAAUUGCAUAGCCUGGACCCACGCAGGCAGGAGCUCCUGGAAGCCAGGUUCACUGGGGUUGGGGUUGCCAAGGUUGGUGCUUCAAAUUCCCUCCCUACCCCCCCAAGCCUCCGUCCGUCAUGCUCCGCACUGGCAUUGGGUCCGUUAAACAGUGAGUCUUCCAACCAGAGCUUGUGCAGCGUGGGCUCUCUGAGUGAUAAAGAAUUGGAGACUCCUGAGAAAAAGCAGAAUGACCAGCGGAAUAGGAAGAGGAAAGCAGAACCCUAUGAGACCAGUCAAGGGAAAGGCACUCCUAGAGGACAUAAAAUUAGUGAUUAUUUUGAGUUUGCUGGGGGCAGUGGCCCAGGAACCAGUCCCGGUAGAAGCGUGCCGCCCGUCGCCAGAUCCUCUCCGCAGCAUUCCCUGUCCAACCCCUUGCCGCGGCGAGUGGAGCAGCCGCUGUAUGGGGUAGACGGCAGCACAGCCAAGGAGCCGCAGGAGGAACACUCUGCUCUGCCAACGCUGAUGUCGGUGAUGCUGGCGAAGCAGCGGCUAGAGAAUGAGCAGCUGGCACAGAGGGGAGGUGGCCUCUGUUUUACUUUUGUCUCGGCCCAGCAAGGCAGCCCAUCUUCUACUGGAUCAGGGAACACUGAGCAUUCCUGCACUUCCCAAAAACAGAUUUCCAUCCAGCACAAACAGUCACAGUCUGACCUCACAAUGGAAAAAAUAUCUGCACUAGAAAACAGUAAGAACUCCGACUUGGAGAAGAAGGAGGGGAGGAUAGAUGACUUAUUAAGAGCCAACUGUGAUUUGAGACGGCAGAUAGAUGAGCAGCAAAAGAUGCUGGAGAAGUACAAGGAGCGGUUGAAUCGAUGCGUAACGAUGAGCAAGAAGCUUCUUAUAGAAAAGUCAAAGCAGGAGAAGAUGGCAUGCCGAGAUAAGAGCAUGCAGGAUCGAUUGAGGCUGGGGCACUUCACCACGGUGCGGCACGGCGCGUCCUUCACCGAGCAGUGGACAGAUGGCUAUGCCUUCCAGAACCUCAUCAAGCAGCAGGAAAGGAUAAAUUCCCAGCGGGAAGAAAUAGAAAGACAACGAAAAAUGUUGGCAAAGCGGAAGCCACCGGCGAUGGGCCAGACCCCGCCAGCAAGCACCGAGCAGAAGCAGCGCAAGAACAAGACCAACGGAGCAGAAAAUGAAACGUUAACAUUAGCAGAAUACCAUGAACAGGAGGAAAUCUUCAAACUCCGACUAGGUCAUCUUAAAAAGGAAGAAGCAGAGAUCCAGGCGGAGCUGGAACGGCUAGAGAGGGUUAGAAAUCUGCACAUCAGGGAAUUGAAAAGGAUACACAAUGAAGAUAAUUCACAAUUUAAAGACCAUCCAACGCUAAAUGAUAGAUACUUGUUGCUACAUCUUCUGGGUAGAGGUGGCUUCAGUGAAGUAUAUAAGGCAUUUGAUUUAACAGAACAGAGAUACGUAGCUGUGAAAAUACACCAGUUAAAUAAAAACUGGAGGGAUGAGAAGAAAGAAAACUACCACAAACAUGCAUGUAGAGAGUACAGAAUUCACAAAGAACUGGAUCACCCUCGAAUAGUUAAACUAUAUGACUACUUCUCACUGGAUACUGACUCGUUUUGUACAGUGUUAGAAUACUGUGAGGGGAAUGAUCUGGACUUCUACCUGAAACAGCACAAACUAAUGUCGGAGAAAGAGGCACGAUCCAUUAUCAUGCAGAUUGUGAAUGCUUUAAAAUACUUAAAUGAAAUCAAACCUCCCAUCAUACACUAUGACCUUAAACCAGGUAACAUUCUUCUAGUCAAUGGUACUGCAUGUGGAGAGAUAAAAAUCACAGACUUUGGACUUUCCAAAAUCAUGGAUGAUGACAGCUACAAUUCAGUUGAUGGCAUGGAGCUUACAUCGCAGGGGGCUGGUACUUACUGGUAUUUGCCACCAGAGUGUUUUGUGGUUGGGAAAGAACCUCCAAAGAUUUCAAAUAAAGUUGAUGUUUGGUCAGUGGGAGUCAUCUUCUAUCAAUGUCUAUAUGGCAGAAAGCCCUUCGGUCACAACCAGUCACAACAGGAUAUUUUGCAGGAGAACACAAUCCUGAAAGCUACUGAGGUGCAGUUCCCUCCAAAGCCAGUAGUCACACCAGAAGCAAAGGCGUUCAUCAGGCGGUGUCUGGCCUAUCGAAAGGAGGACCGGAUAGAUGUCCAGCAGCUGGCCUGUGACCCCUACUUGCUGCCUCACAUCCGCAAAUCUGUAUCCACAAGCAGCCCAGCUGGAGCUGCAAUUGCUUCAACCUCUGGAUCAUCCAAUAACAGCUCUUCAAACUGAGACAGAGUAAUAGGCCAAAAACUGCUUGAGAAACCGGCAAAAAGACUUUCGGAAACACAUUUGGAACAGAGGAAUCCACAAGGGUCUCAAGAAACCUGUACCGGGUGCUUUUUUCUCUUGCUUUUUUCCAUCCAUAGAGCAUGACAACAUCAACUCUCAUCCAGAAAGCCUUCGGCAUCUAGGCCAAGCUAUGUGGAUAGGAGAUGGCUUGAGGUUUGUCCAGUCAGUGACCACAACAGGGUGGCUGCUCUGAGCAAGGAGGAGAAACUCAAGAAAAAAUACGAAAAGACAUGGUUCCAUGUACUGUGAACUUCUGAACAUGCAGCCUUGGGGAAUCCAGGACGCCGUGUGUGCUUCAUAUGAAGAAUGUGGACUUUGGAAAAAAGACUGGGCUAGUCCAGUGUUGAUAUUUAAACAUUGUUCUUUUUCUUUUAAUAAAGUUUAGGUAACAUCUCCUGAAAAGCUCGAA